GCUGCUGCUGCUGCGGACUGAGAGUGAUGAGGAAACGGACCAACUCUCUGACCGACACCGGAACCGGGAGCGGCGGCUCUCUGCUGGACAGCGACCCGGACCUGAAGCAGCGUCCCAGCAGAGGAGCAGCGGGGCCCGCAGCAGAGGACCGGGAGGAACCGGGAGAGGACCGGAGCAUGGCCAAACCGUUCAGGAGGUUGGGUCUGCUGGGGAAGCUGAAGAGAACGGUUCUGUGGCUGCUGCUGUUCUACGUCUCCAUCCCCUUCAUCAUCAAGCUUUGUCCUUCCAUCCAGGCCAAGCUCGUCUUCCUCAACUUUGUGAGGUUGCCGUACUUCAUCGACCUGAAGCGGCCCCUGGACCAGGGAUUGAACCACACACACAACUUCUACCUGGAGCCUGAAGCUGGUCUCAAGAUUGGAGUCUGGCACACAGUUCCUGAUCAGAUGUGGAGAGAGGCUCAGGGGAAACAAGGUGACUGGUUUGAUGCCACACUGAGCUCCGCCCAUCCUGCAAUCCUCUAUCUCCAUGGCAACUCUGGGACCAGAGGAGGAGAUCACAGAGUUCAACUGUACAAGGUUCUCAGCUCGUUAGGAUAUCAUGUGAUCACGUUUGAUUACAGAGGAUGGGGGGAUUCAGACGGCUCUCCAUCAGAGGGGGGGAUGACUUCAGAUGCUCUCUUCCUCUACGAUUGGUUGAAACAGCGGCUGGACAAAAAAAGACCCCUUUACAUCUGGGGACACUCACUGGGAACAGGAGUUGCCACAAACCUGGUGAGACAACUGUGUGACAGAGGAAGUCCUCCUGAUGCUCUGAUCUUAGAGUCUCCGUUCACCAACAUCAGAGAAGAAGCCAAGAGCCACCCCUUCUCCAUGGUGUACAGGUACCUGCCCGGCUUUGAUUGGUUCUUCCUUGACGCCAUCACAGCCAACAACAUCCGAUUCGCCAGCGAUGAAAAUAUGAGUCACAUCUCGUGUCCCGUGUUGAUUCUUCACGCUGAGGAUGACGCCGUCGUCCCGUUCCACCUCGGCAAGAAGCUCUACACGCUGGCGGCUCAGUCGGAGACUCUGAUUGGACACAAAGUUCAGUUCGUCCCGUUUCCGUCGUCUCUGAACUACCGACACAAGUUCAUCUACCGGAGCCCCGAGCUGCCAAGUAUACUCAGUGAUUUUUUCGGCACAGCUGAUCCCAACACACAGUGACGAGGACCUGAAGGACACGCACACACACACUAAUACACACACACACACGCACACACACACUAAUACACACACAC